AUGGAGAUAGCUGUGUCCGAAAUGUGUCGAGUGACUUUUUCAAUCGGCAAAAGCUACGUAUGUGAAGUUUUAUGUGAUGUUCUGGAUAUGGACAUUUGCCACUUAAUAUUGGGACGUCCAUGGCAAUUCGACGUGGGAGCAAUACAUGAUGGACAUGAAAAUACAUAUAAUUUCGAAUGGAAGCAGCGCAAAAUUCGGCUCCUACCCUGUUCCACUAGUGAUGGUGAUAAGGAGUUGCCUGACAAAUCAACCAUGUUUGUUGUCACUUGCCAGAGUCUUAUAAAUUCCUGGAAGGAAUCAUCGUGGAUGCUAGCAUUGGUUGCAUCAACCAACCAUGCGGAUGAGGGGGGGGGGGCAAAAAUUCCAACUACCGUCCGAGAUAUCCUUCAGUGCUACAAGGAAGUAUGGCCCGCUGCACUACCAAACGAGCUUCCUCCGUUAUGA